AUGCCAGAAAAAAAGACAGUUAGUAAAGAAGAUGAAAACGAUUCGGAGCAGGUGAAAUCAAAUGUUACAAGUUACGGAAAAAACUAUCCAAAUAGAAAAGAAAAUGAAUGGAAAAAAUUUGGAAUUGCUGAAUUUAAAAAUUAUUUUAGAGAUAAAGAAAAAUUAAGUAACUUUAAAAAAAAUAUUUUCACAGCUUUUGAAAAAAAAUUUAAUUUAAAUGAAAAAGCUGUUAAAAUGAAAUGA